GCAGAAGCGACAGUGAUCGGAGGGCGACGAGAUUUUAGGGGCAGCACCUAAAGCACAAUUCGAGUCCUGCGCCAGGGCACGGGCCAUUGUCCGGAUCCAGAAAGUCGGUCACCGGGGAAGAAAAAUGGCCAGUGAUACACCAGGUUUCUACGUGGACAAACUUAACAAAUUCUCCCAGAUACACAAAGUAAAGAUUAUAUAUAAAGAAAUUUCUGCUACAGGACCUCCACACGACAGAAGGUUUACAUUUCAAGUUAUAAUAAAAGAGAGGGAAUUUCCAGAAGCUGAAGGUAGAUCAAAGCAGGAGGCGAAAAAUAAUGCUGCCAAAUUAGCUGUCGAAAUACUUGAUAAUGAUAACAAGGUGGAUAGUCACACGGAUGCUUCUGAACAAGGUUUAAUAGAUGGGAACUACAUAGGCCUUGUCAAUUCUUUUGGCCAGAAGGAAAAUCUGCCUGUAAAUUUUGAACUGUGUGACCCCGACUCCCAGUUCCCUCACAGAUUUAUUUGUAAAUGCAAAAUCGGGCAGACUACGUAUGGUACUGGUUUCGGCGCUAACAAAAAGGAGGCAAAGCAGUUGGCUGCCAAAAAUGCGUAUCAGAAGCUGUCAGAGAAAAGCCCAUCGAAAACUGGCUUUGUCACAUCUUUAUCCAGUGACUUUUCCAGCAGCUCGUCUAUAACAAGUAACUCUGCUUCUCAGUCAGCAUCUGGAAGGGAUUUCGAGGACAUGUCUAUGAAUGGUCUCAGAGAAAAAAGGAAAUCAGGAGUGAAAGUGCCAUCUGAUGAAGUGCUAAGAAAUAAAUAUACCUUGGACGACAGGUUUAGCAAAGACUUUGAAGACAUAGAAGAAAUUGGCUCGGGUGGAUUUGGCCAAGUUUUCAAAGCAAAACACAGAAUCGAUGGAAAGACGUAUGCUAUUAAGCGCAUUACAUAUAACACCAAGAAGGCAAAGCGUGAAGUACUAGCACUAGCAGAACUCAAUCACGCCAACAUUGUUCAAUACCGAGUUUGUUGGGAGGGAGAGGACUAUGACUAUGAUCCCGAGAACAGCACAAACGGUGACACAAGUCGAUACAAGACCCGGUGCCUCUUUAUCCAAAUGGAAUUCUGUGAUAAAGGAACUCUGCAGCAGUGGUUGGAAAAGAGAAAUCGGAGUCAGGAGGACAAAGCUUUGGUUUUGGAGUUAUUUGAACAAAUAGUGACAGGAGUGGAUUAUAUACACUCGAAAGGUUUAAUUCAUAGAGACCUUAAGCCAGGUAAUAUAUUUUUAGUGGAUGAAAAACACAUUAAGAUCGGAGACUUUGGCCUUGCAACAGCCCUGGAAAAUGAUGGAAAUCCUCGAACAAAGUAUACAGGAACUCCUCAAUACAUGAGUCCAGAACAAAAGUCAUUGUUAAUGGAAUAUGGAAAGGAAGUGGACAUCUUUGCUUUGGGCCUUAUUCUAGCUGAACUUCUUCACAUAUGCAAAACUGAUUCAGAGAAAACAGAGUUUUUCCAACUUCUAAGAAAUGGCGUCUUCUCCGAUGAUAUUUUCGACAACAAGGAAAAAAGCCUUCUACAGAAAUUACUCUCAAGUAAACCCAGGGAACGACCCAAUACGUCUGAAAUCCUGAAGACUUUGGCUGAGUGGAAGAACAUCUCGGAGAAAAAGAAAAGAAACACGUGUUAGGGCUUUUAACUGCAGUCUGAAGUGGAAUGUCAGAGAACAAUGAACUUCUUCUCUUAACACUCUCCC